UUACCCUUAAAAAUAGACUCAAUUCUCUCUCACAUUCUCAGCGUCUCUCUCUCUCUCUCCCCCUCCCCGCGCAAGGCACGAUUUUAAAUCAUCUCUCGCUUGCAGUUGCACAUGACCCUCCAGCGUCUCCCCUUCGUCGUCAACCUAGGUAAAUUCUCUCAUCUCUCAUCUCUCUCCUCAAGAUUUGACAGAAAUUUUCUUAGUAUCAUAAGGAAAUAGAAUAGCAAUCAUGUAUUCAAUUUCACCUAAUUGAUUUGAAUAUUUGAGUCUAAAAUUGUAUGGUGACAGAAAUUAGUUUCUCCAAUAAUGAUGUUCUUUAUACAAGCUCUUAAAGUAUUUGCUCCAAUAUUAACCGAUGAAUUUCUCUAAUUUCGUGUUCGCAACAUCUAUAGGGUUGUGCUAUUGUUUGAUAAUGUAGUUCAUAUUUUAAACACACCUUAACCUAAUUCCAAUGUUAGAGUCCUGAUUUUGCUUUGUUGAACUCAACAUGAGUGAUUAUGGGUGAGACCCUAAAAUUAGGGUUUCUACCAUUGUUGAUUUAUUGCUAUUCCUUGUUUGUUUUAAAGAUUUGAACUCUCAAAAAGUUUCAUGAAAAAUACUUUCUUGUUGUUAUUGAUUGUGUGGCUGGCGAUACUUAAAUUGCAACGUGCCUUCAUUUGGGGUGCCUUUUUAGCGAAAACGGUACGGGUACAACGUGGCUUACUAUACCUAUUAGGGGGAACCCCAUUUGACAACUAAUUGAAACCUUACCAUGCCUUACUAAACAGAAAUGUUGGCUCUGUAUAGGGGAAUGUCAAUUCUUAGAUAUGUAGAGGCGGGGAGGCUAGAGAGAUUCUAUCACAUAAGCUCAACUUGCGUAGACUGUUUUCUUAGUGAAAAUUUUCUUCUAUUUAAUUACUUUCUCUCCUUUAUUGUGGGAAGUCUAGUUUGCUAUUCUACAAACUAGAAAAGGACUUACACCAUCUAGGGACCGACUUCGUGAGACCAUUUCGGUACACACUAGAGAACAAAUCUAUGUGGCUGUUUGUGCAUGAACAUUAAUUGUAUUUAGAAUUUUUUAUUUGAUAUAUCUUUCAAAUUUCAUGAAGGGAAUUUCAGAUGAGUCUCAUCACAGAUUCUCCAGUACAUUCUUCGAGCAGUGACGACUUUGCUGCAUUUUUGGACACAGAAUUAGGUUCUCCUUCAGACAUGUCACCGGAAGAAGAAGAAGAAGAUGAUGUUAAUGAUUAUGACUCAGAUCUUGAGAGGAUUAAAAGGCAUAAGGUGGAGGUGUUGGAAAGUGUACCAGAUUCUGAUGGUUCAACAUCACAUGUAGAACCAACACAAAUUUUAGAAAUGUCUGUAAAGAAGGAUGUAUGUAUGCAUCCAGGUGAUAUUAGAGGAAUGUGCAUACGAUGCGGGCAAAAGAUAAAUGAUGAGUCUGGAGUCGCAUUUGGGUAUAUCCAUAAGGAUCUGAGGCUUGCUAAUGAUGAAGUUGCUCGAUUACGUGACAAAGACUUGAAGCAUUUAUUAAGUCAUAAAAAAUUGUACUUGGUUCUGGAUUUGGACCACACACUUCUUAAUUCAGCUCGGCUAUUGGAUAUAACACCAGAUGUUUCAAAAGGCAGCCUAUUCAAACUGGAGUACAUGCGCAUGUUGACCAAGUUGAGGCCAUUUGUUCGCACUUUCCUGAAAGAAGCAAGUAACUUGUUUGAAAUGUACAUAUAUACCCAUGGUGAGCGAGCCUAUGCACUGGAAAUGGCAAAGCUGCUUGAUCCUGGAAAUGUGUACUUCAAUUCCAGAGUGAUUUCACAAAGUGAUUCCACUCAAAGACAUCAAAAGCGUCUUGAUGUGGUGCUGGGGCAAGAAAGUGCUGUUUUGAUUCUUGAUGACACAGAACAGGUAAGGAAAUUGGUUUGUUCUCUGUCAAUCUAGGGGUGGUUGUUCAUGCAGUACAAUAUUUUAAUGUAGAAUUUUGUGCUGGAUCCGACCAUUCACCAGUGUCAAUUUCUACCUCUGUCCCCCAUAUUUUUUAAAACCAUUGCUUGUACUUGUGUUUGUCCACAUGGUGCUUCCUGCAAAAGUUCGAAAUAAAAUGGUUUGAACAAGAAAUUAUAACACAUUUCUUCAAUUUAUAUGGUUCUAUUGGAGGCAGUUUAUUGUGCAUAUUUUUGUUGUUGUUUGGAAGACUUCAUGCUGUAAAUAUUUCUGCAAAAACUUCAUGGUUGCCCAUAAAAGUUUUAUGUUAUGUCUGCCACGUAAAGAAAUUUACUCUACUAAAAUGAUUCUCUUUAUUGAAAGAUGCAAUUUUGCCCAGUUUCAACCUUCAGCAACUCGAAUGUUAUAAGAGUAUAUCCAUCCGAGUGUAUUGCCAAGUUGAAAACUUUGAAGCGCUU